UUGAUCAACCGAAUUGAAUGUGAUGUGCGUACGAAUUCAAUCUUCUUCAACCGUAAUUCCAAUCCUACAUGUGCACGAUUCACAGAGAGGCAGAGAUUUAAUUCUUUGGAAUUCAAAGAAGACCGUGGUCGCUUUGAGGCGACAACCUGCAAUCGAAAUCGACAGAGAGAUUAGGGGUUACGAUUGAGGAUUGAGGAUUGAGGAUUUACAAUGUCGUCGUCGCAUAAGAAGAAGAAGAUGGGACUAUUAGGAAGAUCAAUGUGCGGGAGAGAGCCGGAGAAGGAGAUUGAGCAAUUGUCGCGAGACGACGGCAGCCAAUACAGUCUCACCGGCGGAAUCCUGCCGCCGCUCGGUGUCAACGGCCGGAACAAUCGCAGAGGCAAACUCCGCGCGCACAUUAUUUCGCCUUUCGAUUACAAUUACAGACUUUGGGAGACGUUUCUGAUAUUUCUGGUGCUCUACACCGCCUGGGUUUGCCCGUUUGAGUUUGGAUUUCUGGAUAUGGCCAAGGGAGUUCUUGCAAUAACCGACAAUGUUGUCAAUGGAUUUUUCGCCAUUGAUAUAAUUCUCACUUUCUUCGUCGCGUACUUGGACAAAUCCUCGUAUCUGCUCGUCGACGAUCCUAAGCUGAUUGCUCUGCGAUAUGUCAAAACCUGGCUGGUCUUCGACGUCGUCUCCACAAUUCCGUCGGAACUCGCCCGGAAAAUUCUUCCGCUUCCUGUUCAGACUUAUGGCUACUUCAAUAUGCUUCGUCUAUGGCGUCUCCGCCGAGUCAGCUCCAUGUUCGCAAGGUUGGAAAAGGACAGGAACUUCAACUAUUUCUGGGUUCGAUGCGCAAAGCUCAUAUUUGUGUGUCUGUUUGCAGUUCAUUUUGCUGGGUGCUGCUUCUUUCUAAUCGCUUCACAUAUGAGUGACCCCAAAAAGACAUGGAUGGGGCUAUUCGUAGACGACUUUCGUCAAGAGAGUUUGUGGUAUUGUUAUGUGACUUCAAUUUACUGGUCAAUUGUCACUCUCACAACCACUGGCUAUGGCGAUCUGCAUCCUGUCAAUGAGAAAGAGAUGUCAUUUGUCAUCUGUUACCUCUUCUUUGUUCUGGGAUUGCAGGCUUACCUCAUUGGUAAUAUGACUAACUUGGUCGUCCAUGGCACCGGCCGAACCAGAAAAUUUAGGGACACAAUUCAAGCUGCCUCAAAUUUCGCCCAAAGAAAUCAACUACCAGUUCGGCUGCAAGAACAGAUGCUUGCGCAUCUGUGUUUGAAGCACAGGACUGACUCAGAGGGAUUACAACAGCAAGAGACAGUUGAUGCUCUUCCAAAAGCCAUUAGAUCAAGCAUCUCACACCAUCUCUUCUACUCCCUUGUUGAUAGUGUUUAUUUGUUUAAUGGAGUGUCCACCGACUUAAUCUUUCAACUGGUAACAGAAAUGAAGGCCGAGUACUUCCCUCCCAAAGAAGACAUCAUCUUGCAGAAUGAAGCACCAACAGAUUUCUAUAUAGUUGUCACUGGUGCUGCUGAUCUUAUCAUACAAAGGAAUGGAUUGGAAGAGAUCGUCGGUGAAGCAAAGCCAGGAGAUGUCAUUGGAGAGAUAGGCGUUCUCUGUUAUCGACCACAACUGUUCACUGUUCGAACCUGCCGACUGAGUCAACUGUUACGGAUGAACCGCACUUCGUUUUUCAACCUAGUGCAAGCAAGUGUUGGGGAUGGGUCAAUAAUAAUGAACAAUCUCCUCAAGCACCUGAGGGAGAUAAAAGACCCCAUGAUGGAGGAAAUUCUGCAAGAAACACAGCAGACACUGACUCGGUCUGGGAUGGAAAUGCCUCACAGUUUAUGCUACGCAGCAAACAAUGGCGAUGACUUAUUGUUGCAUAAGUUGCUAAAGCGGGGCUCACAUCCAAAUGAAGUAGACAACAGUAAUGGGAAGACACCACUUCAUAUCGCUGCAUCUAAAGGAAACGAACACUGUGUAGUUCUACUCCUAGAGUAUGGGGCAGACCCGAACCAGAGAGAUUUUGAAGGAAGCACUCCCCUGUGGGAAGCAAUACAGGGGAAACAUGAGUCUAUAGUUAAGCUUCUCAUGGACAAUGGUGCCGAUAUUUCUGCGGGUGACAUUGGCAGUUUUGCAUGCUCUGCUGCUGAGCAGAACAGCACAGAUAUGCUCAAAUCCCUUGUCCUAUGUGGGGGAGACAUAACGCAGCCGAGAAGCAACGGAACUACUGCUCUUCACAUGUCAGUAUGUGAAGGAAACAGUGAAAUGGUUAAGCUCCUUUUAGAACAAGGAGGUGACAUCGAUAAGCCAGAUAUUCAUGGAUGGACUCCUCGUGCCUUAGCAGAUCAGCAAGGCCAUGAAGAGAUAAAAGAACUAUUCUCUGCUGUUAAGCAAGCUGCGAGUAAACCACAUACUGUUCAAAUUCCACAAAGUCUAGACCUACCAUACAUGCAGAAGUUCCAAAGUGAGUCGAACAUGCCUCGAUUUUCUCAAGAAUCCUCCAUGACUCCUGUCCGAGAAUCAAAUUUUUCCGACAUUCCUCCAAGAAGGAGAAGGAACAAUAAUUACCGAAACUCACUUGUCGGGUUUAUGGCAACUGCCAAUACCGGUGAGAUUGCAUUUUGCAUAUUUGAGCAAACCAUAGUCUUAAUUCCCUCUGCAUUAAAUCAAAGGUGUCCCUUGAGAAAACUAAUUAGGAACCAAAAUAAACUUCAAUCGGUCUUGCUAAGCACAAGAGUUACUAUCAGCUGCCCUGAAAAGGGAAAUGCUGCAAAGCUUGUGCUCCUACCAAAUUCCAUCCAAGAACUACUUGAAAUUGGAGCCAAAAAGUUUGGGUUUUACGCCACAAAGAUUUUAACUCAAGAAGGAGCUGAAAUUGAGGAUAUAGACCUUAUCAGGGACGGUGAUAGACUCUUUCUUGCUGGUGAUGCUGGUGCCACCCUCCCCAGUAGCCACCAAGAAUUGUAGUACUCUUUCAUACCAGCCCACCUGCUGCCUGCUUAGUUUUGCAUUCUAAAAAUGUAUACUUAGUGAUUCUUCUUCCCCCCUACUUUAUUUUUUCGGGGAAUUGAAGUCAGAGAAAUGAGAUUCAAUAUAUUAUAUUUGUGCUCUGCACAAUAAGGACAUAUCAUUCAUGAUAUAAUUGCCAUUCUCUAUGAAAUUUCAAUUUCUUUAUCUUUCAGAAGACUCGUUCAUAAGUUCCUGUGUAGUAACGGUAUCUUUCCUACAACAAAGAUUAGGUCAGAUUUUCUUCCCCUCUUUACCGUGGCACUUGCAGAACCAAGGGAGGCCAUUCCUAUUAAAAUUUAUAUUGUAAUAUAAAAAAAAAA